UCUAUCAUGAGCUAAUGUGCUUCUCCCGUUCGAUCCUUUGUACAUCGCCGAGCCGAGCGCGCACACACGCACGCGCUCCCACUCUCACGCGCUCCCUCUCUUGCACUCCAGCCUGCGGUCUCCCAUGGUUGGCUGGGCCUGAGCCACUGGGAGAAAGAAAGAAAAAGAUCAGAGAGCGAGCGAGCGAGGAAAGCCCGGGCGAUAAUGGGAAAUACACCCUCUCAAGGCAUGUCACUCUCACUAUGUGCACCCAUUCUUAAGUAGCAGGGCUCCAUCGAGUUGCAGGUGGAAAGAAGCCAGGACUCUGUUCCCUUUGUUUAAAGUCACCAGAUCCCGAGAGGACUAGCACACACAUGAUCUCGGAGGACGAUGCGGAGUACCCGCGGGAGUACAGGACCCUGGGGAACGGGACCCGGCGCUUCUCCAACGUCGGGCUGGUGCACACCUCGGAACGCCGGCACACGGUGAUCGCCGCCCAGAGCCUGGAGGCCCUGACGGGGCUCCAGAAGGCCGAGAUGGACCGCAAGCGGGACGCCUUCAUGGACCACCUGAAGAACAAGUACCCGCAGCACGCCCUGGCCAUCCGAGGCCAGCAGGAGAGGAUCCGGGACCAGACCAGAAGUUCCCGGCACUCCCAGGGCUCCCAGCCCGCCCUGGCCGAUCAAGCCAAACUCUCCUUCGCCUCAGCGGAGUCCCUGGAAACCAUGUCUGAAGCCGAGCUGCCCAUUGGAUUCAGCAGGAUGAACCGGUUCCGGCAAAGCUUGCCUUUGUCCCGCUCCGCCAGCCAAACCAAGCUCCGGUCGCCAGGGGUUCUUUUCCUGCAGUUCGGGGACGAGACGAGGCGCGUCCACAUCACCCACGAGAUCAGCAGCAUGGACACGCUGCACGCCCUCAUCGUCCACAUGUUCCCCCAGAAGCUCACCAUGGGGAUGCUGAAAUCGUCCAACACCGCCAUCCUGAUCAAGGACGAGUCGCGCAAUGUCUUCUACGAGCUGGAGGAUGUCAGGGACAUCCAGGACAGAAGCAUCAUCAAAAUCUACCGCAAAGAGCCCCUCUACGCCUCCUUCCCAGCCUCGCACAUCACCAACGGGGACCUGAGGCGGGAGAUGGUUUACACCUCCAGGGAGUCGUCCCCCACCCGCCGGCUGAACACCAUGUCCCCAGCUUCCCACCUCACCUCCGGCUCCCCUCCGCCCGUGCUCCAGUCUUCCUCCCCCUCCCGCUCCCGCAUGUCCUACAGCGGCGGGCGCCCGCCCUCCUACGCCGGCAGCCCCGUGCACCACGGCGAGCGCCUCUCCAACCUGCCGCCCGCCCCGGGCGUGUCGCCCAGCCCCAGCGCCAUCCUGGAGCGCCGGGACGUCAAGCCGGACGAAGACCUGGCCAGCAAGAACAUGCUGCUGGUGAAGAACGAGGGGCUGUACGCCGAUCCCUACGGCAUGGUGCACGAGGGGCGGCUCAGCAUCACCUCCACGCAGUCCCUGGCCGGCAUGGGCGACCCCUUCGCCUACGCCGGGGGGCUGUACAAACGGGGCUCGGUCCGCUCCCUCAGCACCUACUCGGCGGCCGCCCUGCAGACGGAGCUGGAGGACAGCCUCUACAAGCCCAACGCCCAGAUCUACAGCGACGGCUACGGGCCCAGCCUCGGCUUCCGCAUGCCCCCGUCCUCCCCGCAGAAGAUGGCCGACGGCCGGCUGGUGGACGUCCAGCAGGGGCAGAGCCCUCACAGUCCCUACUCGGGGCCGCCCAGCAGGUCCUCGCCCGUCCGCCAGUCCUUCCGCAAAGACUCCUGCUCCUCCGUCUUCAUGGAGAGCCCCGUCAGCAAGCCCCGCAACCCCAGCUCCUCGGGGCCCCCCGAACUCUUCCCAGGCCCGGGGGAUCGACCCCUGUCAGGGUUCAGCCCUCCCGUGCCCGCCAAGGAUACGGAAACAAGGGAACGGAUGGAAGCCAUGGAGAAGCAGAUCGCCAGCCUGACGGGGCUGGUGCAGAGCGCGCUGCUCCGGGGCUCCGACGGCGAGACCCCCAGCGAGAAGACGGACGCCACCAACGGAGGGACCCCCCCGUCAGCAUCCGCCAGCCGGAGCUGCACGGGGACUCCGAUCUCUGCCCCUUCGCACCCCUCUGCCACCAGCACCCCGGCCGGGCAGCCGACGGCCAUCACCCGCCUGCACAUGCAGCUGCACCUCCACGACCUGCAGCAGAACGCCAGCGACCUCCGCAACCAGCUGCAGCAGCUCAAGAAGCUGCAGCUGCAGAACCAGGAGACGGUGAAGACGAUGCUGCGGCGGACGGAGACGGAGAUCAGCGUGCGGGUGACGGACACCAUGCGCAAGCAGGAGGACCCCCUGCAGCGCCAGCGCAGCCUGGUGGAGGAGGAGCGGCUCCGCUACCUGAACGAGGAAGAGCUAAUCACCCAGCAGUUAAAUGACCUGGAGAAGUCGGUGGAGAAGAUCCAGAAGGACAAUCACCGGCUCGUCCCCGUGCAGGAGCUGGAGGAGAAGGCCGUGGUGCUGAAACAGCUGGGGGAGACGCUGACCGAAUUGAAGGCUCACUUCCCCAGCCUGCAGAGCAAGAUGCGGGUGGUGCUGCGGGUGGAGGUGGAGGCCGUGAAGUUCCUCAAGGAGGAGCCGCACCGGCUGGACGGCCUGCUGAAGCGCUGCAAGACCGUGACAGACACCCUCGCCCAGAUCCGCAGGCAAGUGGAUGAGAGCGUGUGGGCUCCGUCCAACAACCUGAGCCAGUCCCCGAAGAAGGUGGCAUCAGAGACCGAUUUCAGCAAGGGUCUGGAUUUCGAGGUCCCCACCAGCCCCCCGAUGAACCUCCAUGACCUGACCGCCUCCACAGAUACCCUGGGCACGCCGGGCUUCGGGCAGAGCGGCCCCCAGCCCCCCAAGAGCAAUAACCCCUCCCGGGCUCCGGAGAUGGUGCCGGCCAAGACCCAGACGGGCCCCGAGAUGCCCGGCAGGAGGAGUGCGGACAAGGCCGUGUCCGUGGAGGCCGCCGAGCGGGACUGGGAGGAGAAGAGGGCAGCACUGACCCAGUACAGCGCCAAGGACAUUAACCGCCUCCUGGAGGAGACCCAGGCCGAGCUCAUGAAGGCCAUCCCCGACCUGGAGUUUGCCGCCAAGCACAAGCAGGCCACCGGCAGCGCCGCCUCCACGCCGGAGCACAAGCCCUCCAAGCCGCAGCACGCACAGAAAGCCACCGCCAAAAUCGACCCCAACGGCCGCAGGGGCUCAGACGAGCUGACAGUCCCCAGGUAUCGGACCGAGAAGCCCUCGAAAUCGCCGCCUCCCCCCCCUCCUCGCCGGAGCUUCCCUUCCUCCCACGGGCUGACCACCACCCGCACCGGCGAAGUGAUCGUCACCAGCAAGAAGGACUCCAGCUUCAUGAAGAAGGCGGAGUCGGAGGAGCUGGAGUCCCAGAAGCCCCAGGUGAAGCUCAGGCGGACGGUGUCGGAGGUCACCAGGCCCGCGUCCACCCCGCCCAUCAUCGCCUCCGCCAUCAAGGACGACGACGAGGAGGACCGGAUCAUCGCCGAGCUGGAGGUGUUUCAGAGAAGCUCUGGCUCCCCAUUUAUCCCCAAGUUCCGCUGCGACCGGCUCGCGGCCGCCGUCUCCCCCGCUCCCGCAGACUUGUGGCCCAAUGGGGCCGCGCUGGCAGCCGAAGGAUGGAAGGCUGCAGCGGCCAGCCAGCCCGAUGCUGGAACAGACUCCAGCCGCCAGCUGUCAGUCCAGGAAUCGGCCUCUCCAGCCAGUCCGGCUGUCCCCCUCCCUCAGAUUGUGCUCACCGAGUGGGUGUCUGACCCGCCUUCGCCUGAAGCAGAGCUGGAGGUGGCUGCAGAAACAGGCAGCCGUCAGUGCGCUGACCAGUCCAGCACCAGAGAGGUGGGAAUGGAAGGAUCUCCACAUGUUGAGCCGACACAGGCCAUGGCGGAAACCGAGAGAAACUUGGAGGGGUUGGGGAUCUUGCCAAGCAACCCUGAGAACCAGGCCGAAGGAGAGGAAAACUCUCUCAUCCGGGUGCCAUCUGAUUUCUUAGAGCAGGCUCUGUCGGCCCCUGGAGGUGCUCCAGAAGGAGAGAGAGCAUUCGUAGUAACAACCCCCCCGACCCAGGCUCUGUCAAAGGAUGGAGGGAACCCCUUGGUUGAGGAGGAAGGAGAAAAGGUUGGGACAUUGAAUGCCGGAGAGGAAGGCAGCUGUGAGACUAUGGCCUACGGGCCAGUUGUCCGUGUGGAGGACAGACCCCUCGUCGAUCUCGUGAAAGAAGCCGUGGACCCUGAAGUGGGUUCCGAGAAGGUCUCCUCCAUCACUGACGAAGGCGAAGGGUCUAAAGCGGCCGUGGGAUUUCACGACGCUGUCCCAGAACCCAAAGCCAGGAGGACCAAGCCAAGCUUGGAGGGGAUGCCCCCCGCUUCUGAAGACCCCCGUGCGGCUAGCAAGCAGGGGCAAAGGGAAGACCUCACUGGCUGUCCAGCCUCAAAGUGUCCAACACCAAGACCAAGAUCUUUCCCAGGCCAAGAUCCAAACCACCAGGUGUCUGAACAACUCACGAUACAGCCUCCUGAGGAGCACUUCAGUGCUUCAUCGAGAUCCAGUGAGCACAGAGCCACCUCUGGACAGAGAACCCUAGACCGACUUGCAGAUGGAGAGGAGACCAAGGCAGUCUUGAAUACCGGAGGGUCCCCAGCAGAGAGAGAGCACGAACCGGACCUAGAAGGCAAAACCAAAGAAGAAAUGUCUCCUCUCGGCUUUGCAAGUCUAAGCAGCCACGAGAUUUGUGAAUGCACGUACCAAAGACUGGACAGCCUUGAAGAAACUAUCCGUGAGCUGGAGAUGACCAUUAAUGAAAUCAAUAUCCACCCGUCAGCUGAAUUUAUAUUCCGGAGAGAGCUGCUGGGACAGCUGGGGACUCAGGAUGACAGAGGGCUAAAGGAGGGCUCGGGGGAUCUUGAACACAGUUGCUGGCAUGCCAGGACCGUGGAUUCAGGACAGGGUGAGGCUGAUGCUCCCAGGAGGUCAUCUCUGAGCGGGACCAAGCCGCCUCUGCACCCCAAGCCGCAGCUUCCGCUCGACAGUCCUAAGAGUGGCGGGGUUUCCAUUCCAGCCAUGAAGAUGGUGAAUCCGGCCUCCAGGCUGAAGCAGAGCCAGCAGGGAAGCCCAGACAAAAGCAAACACAUCAAGCAGAGGAUGGAAUACAUGCGGAUCCAGGGACAACAGCAGAGCGCUAAGAACUUCACUCCGCCCGUUCUACGAGCGUCAAGCAACGAGGCCGGUGCACAGCGCCAGAACCUGCCACGCCUUGUUCAAGGGGGACCAGAACAAAAGCAGAAGGCCGUUGACAGGGGGAGGAAGGGUGUGGGGGGGAAGCGGCUUCUGAAGACGCCUCAGAAACCCUCAGCUCUGACUGUUAAUGCGGCUGCUACUCCGUUUUUCUUUCCUUAAAGUUUUUUAAACAGCUGUAACUGUGAUUAAUCCUGUAGGAAACUGUGCUACAGUCUUCUAGCCAAGUCUUCAUGGGUCAGUGGUGUUUUGACUUUGGGGCCUGUGUGUGCAGCUAUUCUGUUGGGCUUUUGAUUGUUGACUUGCUGAAAGGUCAGUGCUGUAUUGAAGGCCACCAGGGCUCAUCUCGCAAGAAGCCAGCGGGUCAGUGUUUGCAUUAGCUUCGCUGUCUCUUUCUUCCAAGGGUUUCCAAGGGAAACACCUGAGCGGGUUUAGUCGGCGAGAUUGCCUAGUGCUUCGCAAAGGGAAAGACCAAAGGUCAAGGCAUGUCAGUGGCAGGGAGGCAGAAUGUUGCUCCAAGAGAUGUGGCUGAAACGGGUAGAGAAAUGGGAAUGAGACGGGGGCCGGUUCCUGAAGGAGUCAGGUUUCCCGUCAUCUUAGUUUCAUAAUGUAGCACUUUAAAGGUUUGGUCAGUUCCUUCCUGUAGGGAGAGAGAGAAACUGGCGGCGGCAGCCUGGGGCUGCGUGGAGCAGGGGGGUUGAUGCUGAACGGUGAGGCCAGGGGCCGGGUGGCACGGAAAGGGCCGACACCGCCAGGCAUUGAUCAUGUCGGACUGAGGGACGUGGGAGGGGAGUUCAAUGGGAUGGGGAAAGGCAGAGGAACGCAGGCGGGACGGGCGAGGUUGUAAGCCCUGGAUCUCGACUGGGGGAGAAGGGGCAUGACCCCAGCGAGGGUCAUGGCUUGUAACCGCCCUGCCCUUCCAUAUUGUCCUGCACCGGCAAAGGGUGAGCGCCACUGUAGUAAGCAAUAUCCUGUGUGCCCAGAUGGGGGUGUCGAUGCCGAGGCUGCGAAUGCUGCUGGAGUUCAACGCUCCUGUUCCGCGUUCUGGCCUCUGCAUGGACUCACUGGUAAGUGGGAGUCUGGCAUAACAGGGCCUCGCCUUGGGCUGAGGUGGCGGGGGGGCGGUGGCAGUCCCCCACCGGGCCCUCUAAAAUCGAUAGCAAUCGGCUCUAGUCAGGCAGAGUAGAAUGCAAAGUACAAAAGGCGAGGAGCUGCCCUUGCACCGUGGCGGUAACGAACGCACUGUCUAGCAGGGCGAAGGGCGGGGACUCGUCAGAGGACCCCGAGGGAGGGAGAUGGGGAACGAGCCACAGGUCCAGCGGCCAACGCUGGGUCUCUUGGGCCCAGUCUGGAGCCACGGAGAAUGGGCACACAAGAGGGGCCCAUGGCCUGGACUCAGAUAGGGACGGAAGAGGUCUGUUAAAGUACAAUACAUACAUGUGCGUGUGU